AUGAAACCAGCUCUCCCUGGUCUAUUACCAAACGGGGCUCGGGAGGGUUCAUGGAUCGGGUCAAUAGGUGCAUACAAAAACCUCGUCCCUUUGUCAUCUCCAUCCCGCAGACAUACAGCUCUUGAAACCCCCUUCAGGGACGCAGGUCCUAGAUCGGACGAACAGGAGAAAUCUGGGGAAUACUGUAGCGAACAAGGGUUCAUCUCACGCGAAAAGUAUGUCGACCAUUUUCGACACCCUGUUCGCUUUUGGUAA